AUGACUGGGUGGAGCUGCCUUAUAACAGGAGCAGGAGGGUUUCUGGGUCAGAGGAUCGUCAGCUUGUUGGCAGAGGAGAAGGAGCUGCAGGAGAUCCGAGCCCUGGACAAGGUCUUCAGACCGGAAUUGCAAGAAGAAUUUUCUAAGCUCAAGCACAAGGUCAAGCUGACAAUGCUGGAAGCAGACAUCCUGGAUAAGCAGUGCCUGAAGAGAGCCUGCCAGGGCAUCUCAGUUGUCAUUCACUCUGCCUCUAUCAUUGACAUAAUGGGAACCAUUCAGAGAGAGACCAUUAUGAACAUCAAUCUGAAAGGUACCCAGCUCUUGUUGGAAGCCUGUGUCCAGGCUAAUGUGCCAAUCUUCAUCUAUACCAGCACCAUAGAAGUGGCUGGGCCCAACUCCUACAGUGAGAUCAUCCAGAAUGGCCACGAAGAAGAACAUCUGGAAUCUAAAUGGUCCUCUGCAUACCCAUACAGCAAAAAGCUUGCCGAGAAGGUUGUGCUGGCAGCUGAUGGCUGGACCCUUAAAAAUGGUGGCACCUUGUACACUUGUGCCUUAAGGCCCAUGUAUAUCUAUGGGGAAGGAAACCCAUUCAUGUGUCAACAUAUAAACCAGGCCCUACAGAACAAUGGCAUCCUGACAGAUUUUGCCAGGCACUCCCUUGUCAACCCAGUCUAUGUUGGCAAUGUGGCCUGGGCUCACAUUCUGGCCUCAAAAGCCCUGCGGGAUCCCAAGAAAGCCCCAAGCAUCCGAGGACAGUUCUACUACAUCUCAGAUGACACACCUCACGGAAGCUAUAGUAACUUCAAUUACAUCCUGAGCAAAGAAUGGGGUCUCCAGUUUGAUUCCAGAAUGACCCUUCCUGUAUCUCUGUGGUACUGGAUUGCCUUCCUGCUGGAAAUAGUGAGCUUCCUGCUGAGCCCAAUCUACAAAUAUCAACCCCCCUUCACCCGCCACCUGGUGACAUUGUCAAAUAGUGUGUUCACCUUCUCCUAUAAGAAAGCCCAGCAAGAUCUGGGAUAUAAGCCACUCUACAGCUGGGAGGAAGCCAAGCAGAAAACCACCCAGUGGGUUGGCUCCCUGGUGAAAGAGCACAAAGAGGCCCUGAAGACAAAGAUUCACUGA